AUGCCCUCCGUAGGUCUGAGCAGUGGCGAUGCUGCGGCAGAUUUAGAAUCGACGCAGUACCCCUUCGGAGGGGAACACAAUGCCUCCUCCUCCUCUCACGGCAGCGCUGAGGGCAGUAGCGAUGGCAGGCGAUUAGUUCGCGAGCCGGCACAUCAGCAGCAACAGCAGCAGCAACCCGCACCGAGGCCCUCCGCGGCGAUCUCAAAGAGCGAAUUAGUGCAGACGGCGCGGGAGAGGGUGAGCGCGUCCGCCAAGGCGCGCGGCAGCCUCCCAUCUUGGAGGGCGCACCAGCCCGAGGAAAAGUCUGGCAAGACCCGGAAACAGAAGGCGGAAAGGGAGGAUAGGCAGGAGACGACGCUGCAGCAGUCAUCGGCGCAUCGCCAUCGCGUCAUCCCGACCGCACCGCACCGGCAGAUUUUCCUCGUUGGCGACUACUACUGCGGCGCAGGUGUGCUUGGCGCGCAGGGCCACGAGAACUUCCUCGCUGCGUACUCGAGCGGUGGCUGCGGUGGCAAUGCCCGCAGUGUUGAUGGAGGGAUGACGCAUGCGGGCGCUCCAUCCACGGUGCUGUCCAACCGUGACGGCACCAGUAUAUCUGCCCCGAAAGGCGUGUCGUUUCACGGUUCCCCUCCUGUCCCAUACGGCGUCCAGCGCUUCAGCAACUCCUUGGCGAUCCACAAGAUGCAGACUGGCUCGCCAUCGCACAGUCCAAUGGCCCCGUCGUCGAUUAACCCCGCUGCUUUCGCAAACUCCCAUAGCAGCCAUCGCCAGCGCAGGGACCCCGAGAAGCUGCGUGUGAUGCAGCGCUUCUACGAGCCGGUGGAGCUGCAGGUGGAGUCCAUCUCCGCCUUCGCGAUGCGGCUCACCCUUGUGCUGUGGCACGCGUGCCUUAUCGCCGCUCUCGUCGUCGAAGUUCUUCCGAAGGUGCAGUGGUCGAUGGUGAACAUCUGUGGCGCAGGGUACGGCGUAGAUCUGCAGUACAUGGAUAAGUGGACGAGCCCCUGCGUGACCUCUCCGCCGACUGUAGCGGCUAACGGCACCCUCAUGACACCAGCGACGGUGUCGCUUAGGUGGGGCGGCUCGAACUUGACCUAUCAGCAUAGCAGUAUGGUGCGCUACCGGCGUGUGGCUUUCAGUCUACCUCCGCCAACUGAUCAGGCAAGUGUAGUGCAGGUGUACAACGUUGUCGCCGAGAAUCGCAUAUCGGGCAGCGGAUUCGAGUGGGUCUCGGAGCACCCCUUGUCGAUUCGCUGCGACAGGACGAAGACUCGGUGCGAUGUAGCGCGUGUGCCGGAGCUCUUGCUUGGGAGCACGCCCACGUUUGCGGGUGAGUUCAGCGUUACCCUCACCUUGGUGCCGGAAUCGCUGGCGGCCAGGGCGGCCAGUGGCUCCGUCGGCAUUGCCUACCAACGCUCUGCCUACACGGUUGCCACGAUUGUGUGGCGCUACACGCUGACGGUCUUUUCCGUGGUUCACACCCUACGCUUUGUCGCGUACUGCAAGUACACGAGCACCCUGUACGAGCAGACCUGGACGCUGAUCCUUCAGGUGGCGCUGCUGUGGUACAUAGACCCGCUGUUCGCGCUGAACAUCACAAGCUGGCCCUUGUCCUCCAUACUAGCCUUCAUGGAGUACCGCAUCCCCACCUACUUCAUGGCGGUGUCCAUUGCGUACAUGCUCUCCGUCAUGACCGCCUCGAUGAUGUGGGCCCGCCCCCGCGAAGUGAAGCCGAGCGACGGCAUCCUUGCCAAGCUCAGGGCCUUCCUCGCGCGAAGCCGAAACGUGUGCGACCCACCCAUGUGGACCAAGAUUCUCAUCUCUGUCUACAUGUUCAGCAUCUUUGUGCUCGACAUUGUGGACGCGGGCUUGAACAAGUACAUGUGGCAGCUCACCUCCAACAGCGAAGUGCGGUCCAAGCGCCUCUACUGGUCCGUCAUCAUCCUUCAGAUUGCUGGCGGUCUCGUCUGCCUGCUGCUCCUCUUCUACCUACGCAGCUACCUCGGGAAAAAGCCGUACUUGGAAAGCCGUCCGCAGCAGCUUGCCUGUCGCGUGUUCUUGAUGGUCUUCCUGUCCGCCAUCGUGUACUGCGUGAUUCACUGUCUCGUUUUCUUUUUGCUCUACAACCGCGGCUACCCGGCGCUGGCCUCGCAACAGCCGUUGCUGCAGCUUCCGAUGCUGAUGGUCGCGAGCUUCUUUGUGAACAUCAUGACGCUCGUCUACACCUCGCAGAGCCGCGACGAGAACGUACCCGUGAACCCGAGGGACCCCCGUUGGAAACACAUGGUGUGGCCUGACACGUGGUACCGCUGGUUGGCGCGACACGGUGGCAGUCAGUACAUCUUUGUGACAGAGCAGGAGGAGACACGGUUUUACCGUCUUCAGUUUCAGUUUCGAUGGCGGCAGUACAUGGCGAAGCAGAAACGGCUUCAGAACGCUGACGGAGCGGUGGAGAGGUUCGGACCCACCUCGGCCGGCCCUGUCGCCGUCGCCAUGCCGUGGGAGCGCACGCACAACACAGCACCGUCCAAUCUGUUGUCCCCGGUGCCUGAAGUGCACGGUGAUGAUUGCCGUGCGACAAGCUCGCCGCAGCCGAACCGCCAGGGGAACGCGACAGACACGGACGACGGCGUCGGUGACGGCGGCAGUCAGCACCAUGAGGAGUCACCGGUUGUGCGGGAUAACGGCCGUGGCAUCAUCGGCUCCGUGCGCCGAGAUGGCCGUUCGGGUGCGCCGGCUACACGAGGAGCAAGCCACCCGGUCAUGGAGUCGAGUCCAUGGCACCGCUUCGACAGUGACAGUGGCGCUGGUGCUGCGACUACCACACUCGACAGGCGGAGCAGUGGUUUUUGGCGCGGCCAUGAUGAUCUCGACACGAAUGGCUUGAUGCUGGUGAGCGUGGCGGCACGCCACAUCAUCAACAUGGAUCGCUUCAGCACCUACUUUCUAGCGGACGGCGACGGCACCGCUGGCGGUGGCGAAGGUGUUGCGGAGUCGUACGCGGGCGUGAGGCGCGAUAGGUCAUUAGCCGGGGACACGUAUGCUAUUGAAGGUCCCGCGCGAUGGCGGUCACGGAUGCGGCAGAACUCAUCUGUCGCGCGAGGUCUUGACGGCAGAGACGACAGUGCUACGUUUUGCAGGUUCUCGCAGCGCCGGGGAGCAUUCUCGGCGAAUACCUUGGCGCACACGUACAGUGGUUUUGACCGCAACGGCGGCCGUGCUUCUCCGUCACUGGCGCCGUUGAUGCUCGCUGACUGGAGCCAGUACCACGCACGCUCACUCUCGCUUGGGAACCCUCCCACUACCUCGUGGGGGGAUGCAGACGCGGAGUCCGCCAGGCGCAGCGGCAAGACUGCCUUAGGGCAUGGCACGCCUCCACUGGUGGCGCGGCCCCGCUACCAAUCUCUCUCCGCUGGUGCAGGCGUGACAGGGGACACUGAGACACCCAUGGCAGCGUUCUCGAGAGCGUUGCAGGCGGCAACGGGGACGUCAACGGAGACUUAUGUGUUUCCGCACACCGAAAUUGAUGAGGAAGGGUCCGAAAAUGACAAGCGGCGACUAAGCGAAAGCGAAGUCGCCUUAAACACCAAGAAUGACACCUUUGUGCGCCAGCACGAUCCUCUGGCGUGCGCGAGGCUUCCGAUGCAGGCGCCGACUGCAGACGCAUCCCAUGCCAACGAUGGAGGCAAUCUCAGAGAAGCGACGCUCGUGGAGAAGGACGACCGUCCCAUUGUGUCGUGCAUUUCACCAGUGUUGGCCGCAGACGCGUCUUGCAUUGCACCAGCGGGCGACGGUGUUGAGGCCAACGCGCGACAGCUCUCUGUGCAUGGCGGCACAGGUAGUCAUCUGCCCAUAUCGCACUCCGGAGACGGCGACGCGCUAUCCGACCUCUCUUUGCGCACCUCAGGCGACAACGAUGAUGUCAGCAGCAGCGACCGCGCGUACGGUGGCACUCGCUCUUUGAUGCGCACCCUGGUUUUGGCGCGGGAGCGCCUGGGAGCGCUGAUUGGGACGGCGGAGCGGCACCUACUGGAGCGGCCGGUUCGCGGAUUGAACCGGCUCGAAACGCACAUCUUCGACGCAGCGUAUCGGCCGUUUCAGGCAAUCCAGUACCUGCCGUUUUUCAACCUGGAGACCUCCAUCGACUGCUUCAACAUCUCCUGGGAGGCCUACGGGGUGGAGGAGAGCACCGACGGCCAGGCGAUCGAGACGGGUAUCAAGAUGACGCCGCAGAGCGUUCCUCUUACUGUGGUGAAGGCUAUCAAGAAUCGGCUCUGCGGUUGCUGCCCAGCGGAGGAAGACACGGGCGACGACGACGCCGAAGAGGACCGCGAAAAAGAGGCGGAGAAGACGGACGCGCGCGCGCGGGAAGUCGCUGGCCAAAUUGGCGGCGCUACCGAGGGGACUGCAGCAGUCGCGUCCGCCAUCGGCGACGCUAGCACGGGGCAGGAGGCGCAUCUGUCCACUACGUCGCGCGCGCGUGGCUCGGAUACGGUCAUUGUGCAUAUACGCAGCGAAGAUGACAACGGCGGUGCAGCCGCGUCACCGCCAGCCUGCACGCCUGCACUCGCCGGUAAGCGUCCGUCCAGCCGUUCCGCCUUGGCACCCCCUGAGACUGAAUCGGGGGCGCCGGCGCCGACGGCAGCCGGAACCGCCGUUUUCGACCCUGCGGUGCUGCCCAUCAACGUCGGAAAGUACGGCUUUGUGCGGCUACUGGUGGCGGAGGCGAGGGAGGUGCAAGUGCUCAUGGUGAAGAUGGAUACGAGCGCUGACGAACACAAGGGCAAGGCGCCGCGCAUCAUCAUCGGCUUCCGCGGGACAGCGAACAUGAGCAACGCCAAGUACGACAUGAACAUCCACCGGGUCGUGUGGCGGGAGAUGGAUAAGACGGCCGACAGGGAGGAAGCGAGCGCGGCGGGCGAAGAGGUGCCCGAGUUGGCGAGCACCUUUGACGACGGCAGCGCCACAGCUGCGCAGCAUCUCGGCUGUGCGUCGUGCAUCCAUUCUUGCAUGCGCAAGACAUCGUGGCGGCCCACCUGUCACGCCGGGUUUCUUACCAUCUGGAAGACGCUGAAGCCGACAGUGAUGUCGCGGCUGCGCGACGUCCUGUGUGACGACCGCGGCACCGUCUACCGCAUCUUCACAACCGGCCACAGCCUCGGCGGCGCCCUCGCGUCCCUCUGCGCGUAUAGUAUUACCUACAUGCUGAGACGCAUGGACUACCCCAUCGCCGACGUGACCGUCUACACCUACGGCCAGCCACGCCUGGGCAAUCACGCGUUCCAGCGCAUCUACAACAAGGCCGUUCCGCGCACAUUCCGCGUUGUGAAUGAGAGCGACGUUGUCGUGAACAUGUUCAUGUUUGGCGGCUACCACGUUGGCAUUGAGGUGGACGUGGACCGCAAUGGCAACUUCAUUGUGAAGCCGACAGCGAUCGAGAAACUGUUUCCGCCGACAAAGGGGCGGGGGUUGAUGGUGGUCAACCACCUCAUGACCAGCUACGCAAUUUCGCUGAAUGCGAUCGCCUCUCGAACCUCAUGCCCGGCGCGCGGGCUUGACUUUUACUUGACCGCCAACCCCGAAAAGGUGAAGGCCGGGUCGGUGAAGAUGGAGGCAAUCCACACGGCGCAGUCGUAG